GACUCACAGUGCAGUGCCUUUUGUAUCAAUAAACAACAUGAAAGUCGCGCUUCUCAUUCUUUUUGUUGCUUGUGUGCAGGCAACUUCGCCACCAUUCUUUCCCAAGGAUGAAAUUGAAAAACAUACUGGCCAUUGCAUCCAUGAUCACAAACUGGAUAAAGAUCAUAUUUCAAAAAUAUUUAAUUCGGAAACGUACCCGGAAGAUGAUAAAGAUUUUUCAACUUUCUAUGAUUGUUUCAUAGAUAUGCUUGGCCUGUACACUGUAGAUGGCGAAAUCCAUUUUGAACACCCUAUCUUUAUAGCAUACGUACAAGAAAAACUAAAAUUAGCUGACGCUGCCGGCGAAGAAGACCACAUCCGCGACGCUGUGAAGCACUGCAUCGCCGAGUCACCCAAGGUGGAACCUAGGGUACUUAAUCUAAUAAGACGGCGGAAUUGUGGUGUUAAAUAUUAUAAAAGCCAUGCACACUAAAGUAUAAGUCCUAUCUUAAAUACUUAUGCACUUUCUUGUAUUUGUAAUUGUAUUGUGCGUUAGUCUCUUUACUCGAAGAUUUAGCAACUAUUUGUAAAUGGUGUAUCCCUAAGAUAAGCACUAGUUUGUGAUUAAAGUCUAUACACACAUGAA